AUGAAAAUCCGUUCUUCUUCAUCAUCAUCAAGAAAACCUUUGAACGGUGCUUUAUUCGUCUGUCAGCACGAAACUUGUGGUAAAGCCUUUACGCGACCAUAUAAUCUCACUUCUCAUAUGCGCACCCAUACAACUGAACGUCCGUAUGCUUGCUCUAACUGCGGUAGAAAAUUUGCUCGUCAACAUGACCGCAACCGUCACGAAAAGUUACAUUGGGGUGUUCGACCUUAUGCUUGUCAUUAUUGCCAUAAGACGUUUGCUCGAAUGGAUGCCUUGAAUCGUCAUUUGCGUAUGGAAAAAGGAUGUAUAGGUACUCAUUCUGAUUAA